AUGACUUUGAUUUGUUAUUCACUGAUUGCUGGAAGCCGAACGCACGCGUGCAUUCUCCGUUGUGGUCAUCCGAUCCGUACAGCUGCUAUUGCAUCAAGUACUGCAAAAGAACCAAGUACCUCAGUGGUUAUAACAAAUGUCCCAGAAAAAGUUGAGAAAAUUGGAUUCUUCAAGAAAUUGGUUUACAGAUUUAAAGGAAUUCCGCUUAAAGAUGAAUCGCAUGCGCCUAUUUCUUUUAUGAGAGAUAUUGGAAAGCAGUUUGUGCCACCACCUUUACCCGAAUUACCGAAGGAUUUUAAAGAAUAUCCUGAACGUGAUUUGGUGAAUUAUCCGUAUCCUGUGCAGCGUAUGUAUCCUCCCAAAUUAAGGCUUCUAAUCGUACCGGACAAGUUCAUGAGCGCUUUCCAUAAAUACACAGGAACAUCAGGCCCAUAUGUAUUUUUCACCAUGUUAUAUGCUUUUCUUCAUUCGAAGGGUUUGUUCGAAAUCGCUCACGACCGGAUAAAAAUAGUUGUUUUGCUCUUCUAUUAUUAUAUAUUCUCAAGAGCUUUUGACUAUCGACUGGAUAAAUACAUUUAUGAAAGACGCAAGCAACUUGAAAAGGAUUAUUUAGAUAUUGUUGAUAAUAACUUUAAAGAAGUUCGAUAUGCUCAAAAAGAAUCAAAAGCUGAAAAAGAAGCUUAUUUGGCGAUGAAGGAAUACUAUCCUACAAUCUUCAAGGAAACUCUGGCUCUGCAGCUGGAAGCUACUUAUCGGAAAAAUGUGGAACGCCUAGCAACGGAAAUGCAACAUCGUCUGGAUUAUUUGCAGGAAACGGUCUCUGUAAAGCGAAGCUUUGCCCAUAGCUAUAUGCUGAAAUGGAUAAUCGACUCGGUGAUGGCAGAAAUAUUAUCCGAUAAAGAGAAUAUUAAAGAAAGAUAUAUGGAGAACUGUAUUGAGCAGCUUAAAUUGCUUUCUCCUCAAGGAUAG